UCUGAGAGAGAGAGAGAGAGAGAGAGAUCUGGCAUUGGCAUGAUGAUGCGCAACUCCAAGUUUAGGCUAUCAGAUAUGAUGCCCAAUGCUUGGUUUUACAAGCUCAGAGAUAUCAGCGCCAGAACAACUACAAGUACAAGAAGAGCCCACACCACCGCCGCCACCUCUUACUCUCGUCCCAAAAACCUCUCUCCGCCCUCCGCCGCCGCCGCACCUAACAUCAACCCAAUUCUUGCUCAGCCUAGAAAAUCAUCCAAAAACCCAAAAUCCUCGGACACCCACUUCCCUUCUGAUCCGCCAAGAAAAUCAUCAUCAUCAUCAUCAUCAUCAAAGAUUAAAAGAGUCAAGCCAAAACCCGCCGCCGCCAAAUCAGCACCCAGGCUUGUCUCCUCCUCCGUCUCCGCCGGCUGCCAUUUCCAAGCCACCAUUAAUUCCGUCUGGACCAGGCCCGAACCGGCUGCUGAAUUAUUAACUCCCAUUAAUGACUGCAUGAAUGAGAAAUCUGACACAUUUUCAGAGCUGUAUCUUCCUCCAAUCUUGACAAAGCCAGCUGUGAAGCAGCUCAUCAAAGACACUAAUUCAUCAGAGACCAGAAAACCACCAACUCAUGGCUCAUCACCCUCCAUCAAAAUUGCCAAAGAUGAUGCAAAAAGGACUCCUCAAAAUCGAAAGGAGAUCAUGAUCAAAACCAGUAGGAAAGUGAAGAUGAGAGUGAAUUCCCCAAGAAUAAUGGCAAGGAAGAGCUUGAAAUCCCAGAGAAUCAGGAAAUUGUCUGAGAGCAUUGCGAUUGUGAAGUCAUCAAUGGAUCCCCAGAAAGACUUCAAGGAAUCAAUGCUGGAAAUGAUCGAGGAGAACGAUAUCCGGGCAUCCAAGGAUUUAGAAGAGCUUCUUGCUUGCUACCUCUCCCUGAAUUCAGAUGAGUACCAUGAUCUCAUUGUCAAGGCAUUUGAGCAAAUCUGGUUUGAUAUGAAGAUGUAAUUAGAGUAUUCUAUUUCCUAUUAACUGAUAUAUAUAUAUAUAUAUAUAUAUAUAUGAUCCUGUGAUGGAGGCUUUCUAGCUAGCAUUGAUAUUAUGAUGGAACCUUCAUCAAUUCAUCUUUGAAAGUUGAGACCUGUAAUGGGUAAUGUCUGAGGUCAAGAACAAUGAUACUAUUCAUAUGCUUCUAUCACAAGAUUAACAUUAAUGGACCGUAGUUAAUUUUUAUUUGAAGUUCUUACUCAACGUGGUACACAGGACACAACAAAAUCUAGCUUUCAAAAUUCAAAGGUACCCGCUUUUUACUCAACUGUAAAUGUGUAACAUGAUGAAUUUUUGUGGGGUUCUUUUAUUUUUUAAUGCUAUAGAUAUCAUGCAUAUAAAUAAUACACGCCAUUCUGCUCCAGAACCUUAUAUAAAAAUUUUAUUUAUUUAACAUUAUCUAUGAUUAAGUAUUAGCAAAUUAACCACUAAAAUGGAAGCUUUCAACUACAAGGAAAGUGUUUGAGGUUAAGUAUUUAAAUUUUGGAGGUAUCGAUUUUCACUACCUCUUUGUAGUUUAAUUAAUUGUGUCUCAAUUAUACGAUUCACAAAUUUAAUAAAAUGUGGACUUUGUGAAUUUAUAUGAUGCUAUCAAAGAUAUUUUAUCUAAGGAAUUUGCUGAAGUCUCAAAACUUCUUAUAAAGGGACAUAGAAGCACACCCACAAGUUAACCAUUCUCUUCAGAUUUUUCCAUUAUUUUAUAAGAAAAAAUUUAUUAGUGAAUUAUAUUAUUUUAAAUAAUUUUUGUUUUGAUAUCAUUUUAUUAAUCUCAAAAAAAAAAUUAAUGGAAGGAAAAAGAAAACACAAAAACAGAAAAAAAAAAAAAAGAA